UAGUCCUUCCAAUGAAUAUUCAGGGAUGAUUUCCUUUAGGGUUAACUGGUUUGAUCUUGCAGUCCAAGGGACUCGCAAGAGUCUUCUCCAACACCACAAUUCAAAAGGAUCAGUACGUUAGGCUGAUUUACAACUUGUCAUAUCCGUCCUUCAAACCUUAGCCUGGAUUUACCGCUAAAUCUGGACUCUGGGUGCAGCCCUGGGCUAGAGGUCAUCCAGGCGACAAGAAGUCCGUUUUCCAGAGGAGUCCAGUUACCACAGCUCGGGUCUGUCGCCAUCAGAGAACCGCUGAAGGGACGCCAUUCCUGUGACCGUGGCGGAGACAAGCCGGCCUGGGCAGCCCUUGGGGUAGAGGGGCGGCUCUUGGCCAAUGAACUCGUCUUUAAAAUUUAUCGCGUUUGGCAGGAGCAUCCUCUACCUCAUUCCGAUUCCGGGAGUUGCAGGGAAAACACCCGCCCGCCCCCUAGUUCUUAUCAGGAGGGCUGGGCCACAGAGCGGUUUAAACCCAAAAGCCACGCCCUCAGCUUGAAGCCGGAAAGAACCGCGACCUCCCCCAGCUUUCGCCCCCGCUUACUUCCGGCUCAGUCCCUGGCUUCCGGUGCUGCCAGUCCGCGGGUCGUGAGGGGGGUUUUUAUAAACAUGGCGUUUUCCCUGAGCUGUUUGCUGGGCGGGCGUGUCUGCGCAGCGGUCGCUCGCUGUGGGUUUGCUACCCGGGGGGUGACCAUCCCGGGCUCUAUCAGCCGAGAACCGGACCCCGAUUUCGACUGGGAACCGGAGGAGCGAGAACUGCAGGAGGUGGAGAGCGCCCUGAAACGACAGAAAAAAGCCAUCCGGCUCCAGAAAAUUCGAAGGCAAAUGGAGGCGUCAGGUGCCCCGCCCAGGACCCUGACGUGGGAAGCCAUGGAGCAGAUCCGGUAUUUACACAGGGAAUUUGCAGAGUCUUGGUCAGUUCCCAGAUUGGCUGAAGGCUUUGAUGUCAGCACCGAUGUGAUCCGAAGGGUUUUAAAAAGCAAGUUCGUACCCACAUUGGAACAGAAACUGAAGCAGGAUCAAAAAGUCCUUAAGAAAAUCGGACUUGCCCGUUCGCUCCCGGAGCUCCCAGGCCCUGGAGAUUCCUCUAAACCGCUUUCUGCAGGCCAGUCUGUAUCAGGUUCUUUGCUGAUGCCUGGGGAUGAAGCCUCAUCCAAAGGCCAUGGUCACAGCACAGCUUUGAAAGCGAUUGAAUUGAACACUCAGAGUACAAGUAUAACAACGAGACAGACGGAAAGGAAUAAAGGAGUCCAGGGCCUGGAGGAGGGGAAGAACUUUGUGCCUGUUGCUGCAGGUCACCCUACCGGCACUUGCAGGGGCGCCAGAGGAAUUGACAGUGAUGGAUUACCCAGUGACAAGAGGCUGGAAGAGCUGAAGGCAGGGGAGGCAGGUGACCAGAUCUUCAGCAAGAGAGUCGUGCAGAGGGGACGAGAGUUCUUUGACAGCAAUGGGAACUUCCUGUACAGAAUCUGAGCCGGAGAUGUGUCACGUGACACACAGCUGGGCGAGUGUAUUUGGUUCUGCCUGGAUUUCUGUGUGCGGAUUUCCACCUUGGAAGUGGAGGGGAAUGAUGAGCCUGGAAUGUGGGAUGAAAGGUUUGAAUCUGACAAAGGGCAGAGGACUUCACAGGGCAGAUGUGUCUGGGAGCAGGGCAGUGACCCGCCAGGUAGAGUCCAGCUUCCUGGAGCACAGCCCCUGCUCUGACCCACAUGCAUCUUCAGGAUUCACCCUUCUCCCUUGGGCUGUCUGUGUGUUGAAAAACCUAUAUUGCAUGUGUUGUUACAAGUUUCUGUGAUACUUGUAGUAUAUUUGGGAGGAGAUUAAGUUUGUCUUCUCAACUCAUUUACUUCUUGAUUAAUGAACACUUAACAGUUCUGGAACUGCUUAGUCAAUUGGUUGUCCUCAUUAUGUGCAAAAUAAAGCAAAAUUAAGCAGUC